AUGCAAGCCGCCUUGCCGCCUCCCAGUCGGGGCUCCGAAUUGUCUCCCGUUUCUACGGCGGGCAGCGAGUGGUCCGGCGUCAAUACUUACAAUCAACUACCACGGAAUGACGGCCCCUAUUCUGCAUAUAAUCCUGCCGGCGAUGACUAUUUUCAGGGUAGAGCAAUGCCUUUCCGCCCGCCGCCCGGAGGCAGCAUGAGUUAUGGGCCUGGCUCCUUUGACCCCAUGGGCCAGCCACGCCUAUCGGAUGGUGCCUCUCGGGGUUCCUCACGCACUGGCUCUAUAGCGAACUCGCGAUCGAGUGACGGGACACUUUCGGACGACCAGAGUAGGAAAUACAGAAAAAUGGAGACCGAGCUGUUCCAACACUACACCAUUCUGAAGGGAUAUUUGAAAGGAGGUGCUCAGGCGCCUCCACGCCCCAACAAGGCACGGGACAAGCUAUUACGCCUAUCGCCGGUUCAGUUCCACGAAUUGAGUACGGAUGUCUUUGACGAGUUACAAAGGAGACAAGCGUCGGCACCGCUCCCAGGUCGCCCACCGCGACAACAGAACGUCCCACCUUUUUUACAGCCACGGAAGGACUUUCACGAGAAGCGGAAUCAGGCUAGACAGAAGUUGUCCACCCUCCAAGCACCAAGAUUUAGAGACCUUUCCACGGACGUGUUUUGCGAGCUGGAAAGAAGAUUUCCUCAAUUCAUAAGACCCGACGGCUCCAGAAGAGAGAGUGAUCGGUCACAGUCAAGAGGUCCAGUUGCCAGUGGUUCGUCGCGAGACGGUCUAAAUGGCUUCACAGGGCUACCGAAACCUCAACCCUAUGCCUCCUCAGGCCAUCCAGGUUAUCAACAUAAGCAGGAAUCCCUGACCAGUGUUCCCCAUUUCGAUAAUCCACCGCCGGCCAGCGAUUACGGUCGACCGAUGGCGAAACAAUUCCAAAGUAAUACCAUCACUCCCAACAAAAGUGUCAUGGUGGAAGACGAGGAUGAUGCACAGGCCACCGAUUCUCGAUACGACCGUUCUAGCGAUGCCUUCGGCCUUGAAAGCUCUCUCACGGGCCCAAGGAGUGAUCGUGACACCUCGGCCACUUCCCAGAGCGGAGUGAGCCUGCCUUCCAAUCCCAAGCCCAAGCCGCCCGCAUUGACGGAUUUGCAAGAUAAAAUCGCAGACUUGGAGGCUACACUAGAAUCUAAGGAUGAAAGGCUCCAGCAACUAAGCACCCAGAAUGACGAAUGGUCCUUGACUAGGCGAACCCUCGAGGAAAAGCUUGAACAGGCCGAAAACCUCAACAAAUCCCUGAGAGAAGAAAUCGAUAAAUUGAAGGAGGAACCAUCCCAUUCCGGCGGCGAGAAUGUCCUGUGGAAAACCAAGUAUCUACAACUGGAUCGCGAUCACGUCGUGCUGCAGGAACAACUGGAACAGCAGCGGGAAUUGACCGAGGAAGUGGGCCGACAAGGUCAACUCUAUCUGGAGGAAAUGAGGGCUAUGGCACAAGCGGGGGAUGGCAACUUUGAGCGAGAGGAGAAGCUGCAGGCAGAGGUCAACAAACUCCAGGAAGAAGUGAAGGAGUGGAAAGCGCGGUAUGUCAAAGCCAAAACGCAACUGCGCAGCGUUCGCACGAGUUCCUUGGGAUUGAACAUCCCUCAGGCGGAUCUCGGUCGACAAGCAGGUGCUCUGCAGGACCGCGACGGGCUGGUCAAAGACAUUCAUGUCACACGGUUCCAGAUGUCCAUUGAUGAGCUGCUCCGGAUUGCUCGAUCAGACGCUCCUCAGGCCGUGCUCGACCACAUGAAGACGGUGGUUUUGGCCGUGCGUGCCAUCACAUCCGACAUUGACGCGGCGGCACCUCCAGAUAAAGAUGAAGAACUGGCUAAAAGACGUACUAAGCUCAAAAGCAAGGUGUCAGCUACAGCCAACAACCUCAUCACGGCCUCCAAAAAUUUUGCUUCUGCCAGUGGACUCUACCCUGUCAGUCUUGUCGAUGCUGCGGCUUCGCAUCUCACCACGGCUGUCGUCGAUCUCCUCCAUGCCGUCAAGAUCCGCCCCAGCCCGGAUGGGGAGCUGGAAGUUGAGGAUGACAGUACGAUGGAACCUCUACAAAGCAAUGGAUAUUUCAAUCUUGCCGAGAAUUUGAGACGGAGGAGUGCUAUCGAAAGUGUCUAUAGCGCUUUGAGCACUCCGUCUGAUUCGAGAUAUAGUUCGAAGCAGGCUGCCACGAGCUCUCACCACCGAGGGGGCUCAAAUUACAUAAACGGCACAGGGCUCGGAAUCAAGGCUGGGUAUGCAUCAACUCCGGAGGCGGCGGAACUCGAGGAUCUCAAGAUGUUCCUCGAGGAUCAAACUGAUGGGUUAGUCCAGUCCAUCACCGCCAUGGUGGACGCCAUCCGUGGCGAAGAAGGAAUGCCAGCUAUACGCAAUCACAUUGACACCGUUGCGGGAACCAUUGAAAACAUUGUGGGCUCGGUGGAGAGGACGGCGAACGAGUCAUCCUCUUACCAGGCGACAUUGAGAGAAAAGUCGCGUGCGAGCGCCACAAUGUUGCAGGGAUGCCGAGAAAAGCUGCUCAAGACGAGCUCUGAUUGCGCCGCGGACGACAACGAACCGGAGAAUAAGGAGCUCACGCAGAAACUGCCACCCAUAGCAUUCCAGAUCGCUCGAGAGACCAAGGAGCUGGUGUCGAGGAUCAUGGCCAUUGAGGUCGGGCCUGGAGAUGAUGAUUUCAGCUGA